AUGAGCACCUCGGCCCCGUUGGCUGAUUUGGAGAUUGUUAAAACUAUUGGUCUCGGCUCCUUUAAUCGAGUACAAUUAGUGAAAAAUCGCAAAGAUGGAAGAUAUUAUGCUUUAAAAGUCAUGAAUAUGGCGAAGAUAAUUUCCAUAAACCAAAUCAACUAUGUCCAUCAAGAAAAAGCCCUUCUAGCCGAAGCCCGACAUCCUUUUAUUGUAUCACUAUAUCAUACAGCCAAAAAUGACCGUAACCUUUACCUAUGCACAGAAUUCCUGAGCGGCGGUGAAUUGUACACACAUUUGUACACGAAGAAAGUAUUCUCAUUCAAUAUCGCCCAAUUUUUCGCUGCUGAAAUCGCAGCCGCCUUCACAUUCCUACAUGGUAUCUCCGUUGUUUACCGUGAUUUAAAACCGGAAAACUUGGUCCUGUCCGAACAAGGCCAUGUUAAACUCACCGAUUUUGGUUUUGCCAAGAAGGUGGCUGGAAAAACGUUUACCCUUUGCGGCACGGCUGAAUAUUUAGCGCCCGAAGUGGUGACACGUAGUGGUCAUUCGUUUCCGGUAGACUGGUGGGCACUAGGGAUAUUAACAUACGAAAUGCUUACGGGGCAACCGCCGUUUCAGGGGGCUAACCAAGAAGAAACCUACGAUCAAAUUCAGCGGACUGAACCACGAUUUUCCGACUCUAUUAAUGCAGUGUCCAGAUCCUUCAUUUCUGAUCUUCUGGAAAAGGACCCUAGCCGUCGCUUGGGAACUACGGAUUCUGAAGUGAAACAACACCCAUUUUUCACGGAAAUAAACUUUGGGGAUUUGGAAGCAGGCAAAGUCCAGCCUCCGAUCGUCCCGCAUUUGGAAAGGGAGGAUGACACACUUUAUUUUCCGCCGUUUGAUGAGAGUGAUAUUGAGGAACCGCCAUCCUCACAAAGAGACCGUGAUCUUUUCGCUGAAUGG